AUGUCUAAAGCAAUAACACAGAAUCGAAACGAAUCAGAAUUGAACGGUAAACGAGACGAAAUUAGCAGAUCUACAGAAGAAUUAAACAGCAUAGAGGAAGAUCUAAACCUAACUGAAUCCGAAUUCAACCGGAACAAUUCGCUUGUUAAUCUCACGAAGCCAUCAAGUGAUAGUGAACUAAUUGAGAGUAGCAUUUUAAUGAUAGCCAAUGGCAAUUUGAAAUGGCAAAAGAAUUUCGAAGAGCUUCGUCUUGCUGUUGACCGACUACAACUACAAUCUAGUAAAGGGUGGACAAGCCUGGGAGGUUACUGUAAACUGUUCGAAAGCGGGGAAGUCUCGAUACGUUGGUAUUCGAAUAGUAAAACUUUGACGGUGAAGGGGGAAAAGGCCGACGAAAUAAAAGAAAAACUAUUAAAUUUCGACCGCAAAUUGAGCGGUGAAGUCAAAGUAUAUUCGGAGAGUCCAAAGGUUGCAAAUAUUUUGGAGUCAACAGAUAGAAAUUUGCAUUUGAGGUCACGAAACUGUAGCGUGAACAAUGAAAUGACUCGGACAAUUGGUCAAAGUUACUCAACCAACACAAACGACGCAAACUACAAUAAAUCCCCAGAAUUUUACGAAAUAAACUCUAAGAUGGAAAAUUAUUCACAAAAUGCUACUAGAAAGCUAGAUGCUCUAGCGGAAGAAAUUUCAACGAUAAAGGAGAAUAAAGAAAAUGCUGCUUACGGUAUUCUGAUACAUGAAGAAACUGUUAAUGACCUUAAGAAGGAAAGGUAUGAACUUAACAGAGAGAAUGAGGACUUAAAGGAGAAAAACAAAAACUUAUUUCAAUCUCUGUCUGAAGUAAGAGCUAAGGUUAUAGAACUUCAGGACAAAAAAUCGAGUCUCAUAACUGCCCUGAAGCUAAUUCAGCGAGAAUCAGUAUCACUAGCAGAAAAAAAAGAAAAUUGAAGACCUGGAAUCUGAGAACAAGAAUCUAAGAGCUGCCGCAAGAACGCUACAAGAAGACCUUGAUAAGAGCAACAGAGAAAAGCGAGAAUUUGCAAAAGUUAAAAAACGUAGCGAAAAUGUAUCCAUAACACCAAAUACAACUAUAUCAUAUGAGUCAAAGAACCAGUUCGAAGUUCUCAGCGUUAGUGACCACGAAGAAGAAGUAAACAAAUCUGCAUCAGAUCUGGAUCAAUCAGAGGCUAGACAUCAUAACACAGAUAUAUCAGCCAAACAUGGAGAUAAGCCAAGGCAAAGCGGAGACAAACCAAACCAACGCCGAAGCGGACAAAAUAGUCGAAAGAUCGAAAGACGCCAGCAAUCCAAAGGAAACAUACAAGAACGUCAAUCAAAUUUGGACGAACAGAAAGAUAAAAGGGAACCCAAAGCGACAAAACAAAGCCAACCUAACAUUGUAAUCUUAGGGGAUUCAAUGUUAAAACAUUUAAAUCCCCGACGAAUUCAGCAAGGAAUUGACCAAAAGAUAUCAAUAAAAACCUUUCCUGGAGCUGGUGUUGAUGAAAUGACCCACUAUGUUAAACCGACGCUCCAAAAGAAACCAAAGCAUAUUAUCCUGCACAUAGGUACCAAUGACCUGCAAACGAAAUCGCCAGAUGCGUUAAUUAAAGCUGUAACAAAACUUGGAGAGGCUAUAACGCAAGAAAUAAGUGGUAUUGAACUUACGCUGUCGGACGUCAUCACAAGAACCGACGAUUUGCAACUUGCUAAUAAG